AUGUAUGAAAUGAGGACAACAAAUGUUAUUCUGACUUCUGAUUACCUCUGUGACCAUGAUGAAUGGAUAAUUAUUAUCUUCUUUACAAAUGUAGUCUUAAUCAUAAAUAUGACCACAAAUUUCUUAAACACUAUAACAAAUGCUAUUGAAAAUAGGGAGGAGGAAUUAAAAAAGAGAAAAGAAAAUGCAAAGCUAACCCUUAAAGACCUUAUUCUUUGUAUUGAAAACUGUCAAAGCCGCUUUGGAGGAAAAUCUGAGUUAGCUACAGAAGAUGAUAUAAGAAUAGUCAACCUGUGUGAGAAGUGGGAAAAAGUUUUAAGCCAUGGUUUAAGGACAAAUUUGUCCAACUAUACUUUACAGAAUUUUGUUACCGCUGGCCUGAAUUUCAAUUUUAACAUUAUUAAUGUUGGUAAUUCACUAUGGAGCUAUUCUUGUCUGCACUUAACAAAACAUGAGAAAGAAAGAUUCAAGAUCUUAACAAAUAUAAACACUCCAUUAGGUUACUUUCGAAGUUUCCUAAGAGCUGCUUUAAAUGAAAGAUCUUUAGAAAGAUAUCUACAAAGUUGGGUUUGUCAUGGACUUUUAUUGGAAUAUUAUGAUGAAGGAGCUAUUGUUCGUAGUGCAGAAGCAAACCUACUUCCUAAUAUGGCAGCAGGGUUAUCAACAGUAUUAUUUGCGUUAUCUAUCGACAGAGCCGAGUUAAAUGAUUCACAAAACAAUAGCCAUAUGACCAAAGCCGAACUCGUUAUACCUCUACCUACACCAGUGAAACCGUCUCAUACAAAAAGAAAACCAUUGAGACAAGUGAUAUCUUUCGACAAAGAGAGAAAGAGUAAGGGAGAAACGCCGACUAAAAGUCCCCAAAUAGAUGGCGUGGCCGAGUCGUGGAACAGCGCGCCAGCCACUUGCUUAAACUCUCCUGAUCCUCAAAUGGCACCGCCCACAGCAUCGACGAGUGAACCGACAAGCUCGGAUUAUAAAACUGGCAUUCGACACUUCUUCCCAGACGGAGUUAAAUCUAUGGAGAGCCCCUUACAAAUACUAUCAAAGCUAUCGGAAAGCGCGAAAGAAAUCUUCAUGAGUUCAACUAGCAUUGAAAAGAAUCGAGAUGAUUCAUCAGAUUUAAGCGUGAACUGUUUGAAGAUAUAUGAAAGCGAUAGUGAGGAAGUGGGUGGUAGUAUAGACGGAAGUACUUCGUGCUUGGAACUCUGUUUUACAGAGGAUGAGAGUGUGCCCGAUGAGAAAACAUUGGAUUCUGUGUUGGAAUGUAGAGAAAAGGAGUUCCUAAGCUUACAGCUUAAGUAUAACCAAAUCGAACAUACAAGUAAGGAUAAGAUACAGAAGCUGGAAAAAGUUGUGAUAGACCUUAGCAAAGAAAACGAUAAACUAAAAGAACAAUUGAGGAACUAUAUGUCAGCAGUGGAAAUGGGGAAAGCAAUGAAAACUAGUAAUGGACAGGAUGAAGAAAUAACACAGUAUGAACGAAAAUUAGUUCAGGUAGCAGAAAUGCAUGCUGAAUUAAUGGAAUUUAACCAACAUCUACAAAGACGAUUGCAAGACUUGGAGAGUACAGGGCUAGAAAUUCUGGACUGUCCGGAAUCCAAUGUUAAAGUGUAUAUCCCCAGUGCCUUCCUCGUUGGGAAGAAAACUCAUUCCUACCAUGUUUAUCAGAUAUACCUUAAAGUAGGCCAGGAAGAAUGGAAUGUGUACCACAGAUACGCCAAGUUCUAUGAAAUGCAUACGCAACUCAAGAAAUGUCAUCCCGAUAUCGCUAAUUAUAAGUUCCCACCGAAAAAGACGUUACGAAAAAGGGACGCAAGAGUAGUUGAACAGCGACGCAUCGCACUUCAAGCGUACUUACGUCAUGUGUUGCUCGUGUUACCAGAGCUCAGAGAGUGCACGAGUCGUUCACAACUCAUCACUCUUCUGCCGUUCUUUGGUACAUCAUCAACAGUUAAAGAGAACGGCGUUAAUAUCGUCACCCGUCAACAUUCCAACGACUCGGCGUCUACUUACGACCCGAUAUGA